GUGUGUGUUUCUGCAUGAGUGUGUGUCUGCAUGUGUGUUUACUCUGUUAUUGCCUCCCUCCCUCCCUCUCUCUCUCUCUCCCUCUUUCUCUCUGUGUUAGUUUGAAUGUAUACACAGUAAUCUCCUCCUGAUCCUGUCUGAUAGGUGAGCUGCCGUUGCACAGGCAGAGCAGCUUAGGUAGCCAGUGAGCACAGAACUGAGAAGGACAGAAGAGAACAUCACCAACAAAAGAGAGAUAAUGUUUUCCACCAGAGUAAAACAUUAACAAUACACUGAGAAUAAAAAGGAAGGAGAAACACAGGAAAGAAUGGAUUUUCAGAGAUGAGUAAAGCGAAUGCUCCAGAAUGCGGAUUGACCCAGUAGACACUCCGUACUGGUGAGAAUAUAUGGACCUGGGGAUCUAAUGUGGCCUUUGCGGCUCUGGGACGCACAGGAAGUCGCUCUUUUCCUCAGCCUCACAUUGUAUGUGUGCCACCUAGCUGGAGCCAUCUCCAUACGGUCUCCUCAGCAGAGUCUGACCAGGCCUGUCCAACAGGAUGUGUUGUUCUCUGUGGACAUCUCCUGUGUUGGGACUCCCACCAUACAGUGGACCUUUAUGUCUGGCAGGGUGAGCAGAGACAUUGGGGCGUGGCAACCUGGUGGGUAUACCAAUGUAUCAGAGGACUACAUGGACAGAGUCCACACAUACACUAAUGGGUCUAUGGGACUGUCGGACCUACGUAUUCAAGACGCCGGCUUCUACGUGAUCACUGUGACUGAACUGUCCGGGAGCAGCAAAGAUGAAGGCUUUGUCUUGAAGGUGGAAGAAGUUCUAUAUGAGGACCUCCAGUACCUGGCAGUGUUUGCUGUAGGGCUGGCCUCCCUGGCUGGCUUUCUCAUGGUCUCCAUGUGGCUCAUGGACAAAGCCUACUGCCGGAUCAAGGCAUGGAGACAGAGGCAGCAGAUGCCAGAGAAUGAUGUAACUGACCUGCAACCUCUCUGAUAUGAAGAUCUAUGAGACAGCCAGAUGACACUGCCCAAAAACCAAUCUGAGCUAAAAAUUAAAGACUAAUGUUAAGCGUC